AUGGCCCAGACCCCAGAAAUUUCCGUCAGCGAACCCAACAGCAAGUCCAGCAGUGGCACCAGAUCUGGAAGCCAGCAGAUCUCUCAGGACAACCAGUCAAGCUCUCCUGGGAGCUCAGAUAUUCUGAGCAAGGAGAGCGAGGGGGUCGGCAGCCCCAACCCUGAGCGGAUGACCAGCAUCAAUGGUGAGAAGGCCCAGGAGCUGGGAUCCAGUGCGACACCAGCCAAAAAGACCCUCCCCUUCAAGAGGGGCAUGAGGAGGGGUGAUGUGUUGUUGAUGGUGGCCAAGCUGGACCCGGACUCAGCCAAGCCAGAGAGGACUCAUCCCCAUGACACCCCGCCUUGCAAGACCCCUCCCCCAGCCACAGAUACUGGAAAGGAAAAGAAAGGGGAGACCUCUGGGGCUCCUUGUGGCCCCCAGGCCAGCACUGAGAUCUUGGCCCCGAAAGCUGAGAAGACCCGGACUGGGGGUCUUGGGGUCGCAGGCCAAGGAACUAUGGCACUGAAAAAAGGCGAGAAGGGUCAAAGCAUAGUGGGGAAGGGGGGUGGGACCCCCAAAACCAAAGAGCUGAAAGAGGCUGAGCCCCAGGGCAAAGACAGGCAGGGGACCAGGCCCCAAGCCCAAGGGCCCUGCGAGGGGGUGCGACCAGGGAAAGCAGAGAAGGAGGGAGGGGAGCCCACAAGCCCGGUGGAAAAAGAGAAUAUCUCUAAGAACGUAGGGAGUGAAGGGAAGCACGUAGGGCCCCAAAUCCCUGGGAGAAAGUGGGGAGGUUUCCUGGGAAGAAGGAGUAAGUGGGAUAGUCCCCAGAAUAAGAAGGACAAAGAAGGGGUGCUCUUAAGUAAGGCAGAGAAGACAGGUGACCCUCAGACCCAGACAGAGAAGAAAAACCAAAUGCAGGGUGAGUUGGGGGACUAUCUGAGAAUGGGGGAGAAAGCAGGUGAGCUUCGGAGCCUGACUGGGAAGGCAGGUGAGUCCUGGGAUAAGAAGGAAAAGAUAGGACAACCCCAGGGUAAGGAUAAGUCCGGGAAGGCAGGCGAAGCUCGGAGUCAGACGGAGAAGGGCUGUGAAGCCCCAAAGGAGGUGAGCACGAUGGUGGAGUCACCAGUGGCUACUGGGAAGGGAGGCUGGUCAGGAAGAAGUGGGCAGGAAGCAGAGCGGCCCUGCUCAAGAGAAGAUGUUGGGUCUGGUGCCCUGGAGACAGAGCUGGAAGGACCCAGCCAGCCUGCUCUGGAGAAGGAUGCAGAAAGGCCUCGGAUACAGAAGGAGAACCAAGAUGGGCCGGCCCCCCAGGAGGUGGGCAAAGGAGGCCAGAGCAGAAACUCAGAGCAGGAGAUUCCGAUUUGGACGGCCCCAGACCACACUGUGAGAAACCCCCGUGGAAGGUGGAAGGUGGGCAGUGGUGCCAUUUGCUGGUUUAAUUUAUGUGAUCUUGGUUCUCAGGCUCCUGAGGACAGAUGGUAUGAGGCAGAGAAAGUCUGGCUGGCUCAGAAGGAUGGAUUUACUCUUGCUACGGUGCUAAAGCCAGAUGAGGGAACAGCAGACCUGCCGGCAGGAAGGGUGAGACUUUGCAUUGAUGCUGACAAAAGUAUCACUGAGGUGGAUGAGGAGCAUGUCCAUCGGGCCAACCCCCCUGAGCUGGACCAGGCCGAGGACCUGGCCUCUCUCAUCAGUGUCAACGAAUCCAGUGUCCUGAACACGCUUCUGCAGCGCUACAGGGCUCAGCGGCCGCACACCUGCACGGGACCUGAUCUGAUCGUCCUCCAGCCCCGGGGGCCCUCGGUGCCAUCUGCAGGGAAGGUGCCCAAGGGCCGCCGGGAUGGCCUGCCCGCCCACAUUGGCUCCAUGGCCCAGCGGGCAUACUGGGCGCUGCUGAACCAGCGGAGAGACCAGAGCAUUGUGGCCCUGGGCCGGAGUGGGGCUGGGAAGACCACCUGCUGUGAGCAGGUCCUGGAACACCUGGUGGGGAUGGCAGGCAGUGUGGAUGGCAAGGUCUCAGUGGAGAAGAUCCGAGCCACCUUCACUGUCCUCCGGGCCUUUGGCUCUGUGUCCAUGGCUCACAGCUGCAGCGCCACCCGGUUCUCCAUGGUGAUGUCGCUGGACUUCAAUGCUACCGGCCGCAUCACAGCUGCUCAGCUCCAGACAAUGCUUUUGGAGAAGAGCCGUGUGGCACGGCAGCCAGAAGGGGAAAGUAACUUCCAGGUUUUCUCCCAGAUGCUGGCUGGAUUGGACUUGGAUCUCAGGACGGAGCUGAACCUGCACCAGAUGGCAGAUAGCAGCUCCUUUGGCAUGGGCGUGUGGUCCAAGCCUGAAGAUAAGCAGAAGGCGGCAGCUGCCUUUGCCCAGCUCCAGGGUGCCAUGGAGACGCUGGGCAUCUCAGAGAGCGAGCAGCGGGCCAUUUGGCGGGUCCUGGCAGCCAUCUACCACCUGGGCGCGGCGGGGGCCUGCAAAGUUGGCCGGAAGCAGUUCAUGAGGUUUGAGUGGGCAAACUAUGCAGCCGAGGCCCUCGGCUGCGAGUAUGAGGAGCUGAACACGGCCACCUUCAAACACCACCUUCGACAGAUCAUCCAGCAAAUGACGUUUGGGCCAAGCCAAAGGGGCCUCGAGGACGAGGAAACCAGCUCAGGGCUCAAGAUGACAGGAGUGGAGUGUGUGGAGGGGAUGGCCUCGGGCCUAUACCAGGAGCUCUUUGCGGCCGUGGUCUCACUCAUCAACAGAUCCUUCUCCUCCCACCAUCUCUCCAUGGCCUCCAUCAUGGUGGUGGACUCUCCAGGCUUCCAGAACCCCCGGCACCAGGGCAAGGACCGGGCGGCCACCUUCGAGGAGCUGUGCCACAACUACGCCCAUGAGCGCCUGCAGCUGCUGUUCUACCAGCGAACCUUUGUCUCCACGCUGCAGCGAUACCGAGAGGAAGGUGUUCCUGUUCAGUUUGACCUCCCGGACCCCUCCCCAGGGACCACUGUGGCUGCUGUGGAUCACAGUCCCUCUCAGGUCCGCUUACCAGCUGGAGGAGGUGCCCAGGAUGCCAAAGGCCUUUUCUGGGUCUUGGAUGAGGAAGUCCGUGUAGAGGGCUCCAGUGACAGUGUGGUGCUCGAGCGUCUGUGUGCUGCCUUCGAGAAGAAAGGAGCUGGGACUGAAGGGUCCUCUGCCCUGCGGACCUGUGAGCAACCCCUCCAGUGUGAGAUUUUCCACCAGCUGGGAUGGGACCCUGUGCGGUAUGACCUCACGGGCUGGCUCCACAGAGCCAAGCCCAACCUCUCAGCCCUGGAUGCACCCCAGGUCCUGCAACAGUCAAAAAGAGAGGAGCUGCGGAGUCUAUUCCAGGCCCGAGCCAAGCUGCCUCCUGUGUGCCGGGCUGUGGCAGGCCUGGAGGGCACCUCCCAGCAGGCCCUGCAGAGGAACCGCAUGGUGAGGAGGACCUUUGCCAGCAGCCUUGCCGCGGUGAGGAGGAAAGCCCCGUGCUCCCAGAUCAAGCUGCAGAUGGAUGCACUGACCAGCAUGAUCAAAAGGUCCCGGCUGCACUUUAUCCACUGCCUGGCACUGAACCCUGUGGUGGAAAGCAGGAGUGAGCAGGAAUCUCCUACACCACCACAGCCUGGUAGAGACAAGCCUGGGGCAGGUGCACCUCUGGCCCUGGAUAUCCCAGCACUGAGGGUGCAGCUUGCUGGGUUCCACAUCCUGGAGGCUCUGCGUCUGCACAGGACAGGCUAUGCUGACCACGUGGGGCUCACUCACUUCCGCCGGCAAUUCCAGGUGCUGGACCCUCCACUCCUGAAGAAGCUCAUGUCGACCUCCGAGGGAAUAGAUGAAAGGAAGGCCGUGGAGGAGCUCUUGGAGACCCUGGAUCUGGAAAAGAAGGCGGUGGCUCUGGGGCACAGCCAAGUUUUUCUCAAGGCAGGUGUGAUCUCCAGACUUGAGAGGCAACGGGAGAAGCUGGUAUCUCAGAGCAUUGUUCUCUUCCAGGCGGCUUGCAAGGGCUUUCUGUCUCGCCAGGAAUUCAAGAAGUUGAAGAUUCGCCGACUGGCUGCGCAGUGCAUCCAGAAGAAUGUGGCUGUGUUCCUCGCAGUCAAGGACUGGCCAUGGUGGCAGCUCCUUGGUUCCCUCCGGCCCCUACUUAGUGCCACCAUUGGAAAUGAGCAGCUCCGAGCCAAGGAGGAGGAGCUUACGACGCUAAGACGGAAGCUAGAAAAAUCAGAGAAGCUGCGGAAUGAACUCCGGCAGAAUACAGAUCUGCUAGAAAGCAAGAUUGCUGACUUGACCACUGAGCUGGCUGAUGAGCGCUUCAAAGGUGAUGUGGCCUGCCAGGUGCUGGAGAGUGAGCGGGCAGAGCGGCUACAGGCCUUCCGGGAGGUCCAGGAGCUCAAGAGCAAGCAUGAACAAGUCCAGAAAAAAUUGGGAGACGUGAAUAAACAGCUGGAAGAAGCCCAGCAGAAAAUUCAGCUGAAUGACUUGGAAAGGAAUCCUGCUGGAGGAGCAGACGAGUGGCAAAUGCGCUUUGACUGUGCUCAGAUGGAGAACGAGUUCCUCAGAAAGCGUCUGCAGCAAUGCGAGGAGAGGCUGGACUCGGAGCUGACAGCCAGGAAAGAGCUGGAGCAAAAGCUUGGGGAGCUGCAAAGUGCUUAUGAUGGGGCCAAGAAGAUGGCUCACCAACUGAAGAGGAAGUGCCACCAUCUUACCUGUGACCUGGAGGACACCCGCGUCCUGCUAGAGAACCAACAAAGUCGAAACCAUGAGCUGGAGAAGAAGCAGAAGAAAUUUGACCUGCAGCUGGCCCAGGCCCUAGGUGAGUCUGUGUUUGAGAAGGGUCUCCGUGAGAAAGUGACCCAGGAGAACACCAGUGUCCGGUGGGAGCUAGGCCAGCUUCAGCAGCAGUUGAAGCAAAAGGAGCAGGAAGCCUCGCAGCUGAAGCAGGAGGUGGAGAUGCUACAGGACCAUAAACGGGAGCUGCUGGGGUCACCCUCUCUGGGGGAAAAUUGCGUUGCUGGCUUGAAGGAGAGGCUCUGGAAGUUGGAAUCCAGUGCCGUUGAGCAACAGAAAGUCCAGAGCCAGCAGGAAAACACCAUCAAGCAGCUGGAGCAGCUCCGCCAGCGGUUUGAGCUGGAGAUCGAGCGGAUGAAGCAGAUGCACCAGAAGGACCGUGAGGACCAGGAGGAGGAACUGGAGGAUGUCCGUCAGUCCUGCCAGAAGCGGCUCCGUCAGCUGGAAAUGCAGCUGGAGCAAGAAUAUGAAGAGAAGCAGAUGGUCCUCCAUGAGAAGCAAGAUUUGGAAGGCUUGAUCGGAACCCUCUGUGACCAGAUUGGCCAUCGGGACUUUGACGUGGAGAAGCGACUUCGGAGAGACCUCAGGAGGACACACGCACUGUUGUCAGACGUGCAGCUCCUUCUCGGCACCAUGGAGGAUGGCAAGACAUCAGUCAGCAAGGAGGAGCUGGAGAAAGUGCACAGCCAGCUGGAGCAGAGUGAAGCCAAGUGUGAGGAGGCCUUGAAGACCCAGAAGGUGCUCACAGCGGACCUGGAGAGCAUGCACAGCGAGCUGGAGAACAUGACGCGGAACAAGAGCCUGGUGGAUGAGCAGCUGUACAGGCUGCAGUUUGAGAAGACGGACCUCCUGAAGCGCAUUGAUGAGGACCAGGAUGACCUGAAUGAGCUGAUGCAGAAGCACAAGGACCUCAUUGCUCAGUCUGCUGCUGACAUUGGGCAGAUCCAAGAACUGCAGCUGCAGCUGGAGGAAGCCAAGAAGGAGAAGCACAAGCUUCAAGAACAACUGCAGGUGGCUCAGAUGCGCAUCGAGUACCUGGAGCAGUCCACCGUGGAUCGAGCCAUUGUCAGCAGGCAGGAGGCGGUCAUCUGUGACCUGGAGAACAAGACGGAGUUCCAGAAGGUGCAGAUUAAGAGAUUUGAGGUACAUAGUGAUACAUAAAUAGUGCUUGGGCCAAGAGCAGGGAGAGCUUUUGUGUAAGCUUCAUCCACCCUUCUACUCAUCUCUCUACUCACAUGCCUUUAUCUAGA